GACUUCUCACUUCAUUCAUCUGUCUCUCUCCUUCUUCUCCUUCCUCUCUCAUGGACCAAGGAUGGGGUCUUGCUCUUGAUUCUGCUCCAGCCGCCGCCAUGCUUCCCUCCUUCGGCUUCCCCGUCAAUCUCACCCGCCCUUCCGCCUCCGACUCCGAUCACCCCAACCGCCUCCCCCCGCGCGGAGAGCUUGACUUCUUUCCGAUCGCAGCAACCCUCCCCCUUCCGAUUACCCCCCUCGCCCUCUUAAACCCGUCAAAAAGGAGAAUCCUCCCCCCGAAUCUCCCCGCUUGAAUGUCAAUACUGGCUUGCAACUCCUCACUGCUCAUACUGGGAGCGAUCAGUCUACGGUUGACGACGGAGUCUCGUCCGAUGCUGAAAUUAAGCGAGCCAAGAGUUCAACUGAGUUGGCACAACUUCAAGAGGAGCUUCAUCGUAUGAACGCGGAGAACCUGAAGCUGAAGGACAUGUUGAGCCACGUGAGCAGUAAUUACGCGGCCCUGCAAAUGCAUCUCGUCGCAUUAACGCAGCAGCAGCAGAUUCAACGCACCCAGAGCACAGGACAUGAGGUUGUUCAGUCCAAAGCCGAUGACCAGCGAGAAGUUGUACCGAUGCCGCUUCUGGAUUUGGGAACUAGUGGAACAGCUGAAGUAGAAAACGAGUUAUCCAAUUCCACUUCUGAUGAAAGAACACGAUCCAGCACUCCUCUUAACAACAAUGGUAAAAACGAAAGGGAAGAGAGUCCGGAUUCAGACGUUCAACCCCAAGGUUGGGGUAGUGGUCCAAAUAACAAGCUUCAGAAGUUGAACCCCUCCCCACACUCCACCGAUCCAUCUACCAGUACCACCGCAGAAGCCACCAUGAGAAAAGCUCGCGUCUCAGUUCGUGCCAGAUCAGAAGCACCCAUGAUCAGUGACGGGUGUCAAUGGCGAAAAUACGGACAGAAAAUGGCAAAGGGGAACCCUUGUCCUCGUGCUUACUAUAGAUGCACCAUGGCGGUUGGUUGCCCAGUUCGCAAACAAGUACAACGUUGCGCGGAGGACAGGACGAUUUUGAUUACUACCUACGAAGGAAGCCAUAACCAUCCGCUGCCACCGGCGGCGAUGGCAAUGGCUUCGACGACGACGGCAGCUGCUAGCAUGUUGUUGUCGGGUUCGACGUCGAGUGCCGACGGAAUAAUGAACCCGAAUUUGCUGUCCAGAGCUAUACUUCCUUGUUCGUCUACCAUGGCCACGCUUUCGGCCUCAGCACCGUUUCCCACUAUUACGUUGGACCUCACUCACAAUUCAAACACUAACAUUAACGACCCUAUGCAUUUCCAGAGACCUCCGUUUCAGGUACCCAAUUUCCACGGGCAGCCUCAAGUUCAACCAACCCCAUCGGGUCAGCAUCACUUGGCUCAGGCUUUUUCCCAAACACUUUACAACCAAUCCAAGUUCUCUGGCCUUCACUUGUCUCAGGAUAUGGGAUCGUCGUCUUCUUCCUCUACCCAAUUAGCCCGCCAACCUCCCAGGCCGGCGCAGCCGGGCCAACCACCGCAGCCGUCGUUGGCAGACACUGUCAGCGCCGCCACCGCGGCCAUCACUGCCGACCCGAAUUUCACUGCUGUGCUCGCGGCCGCCAUCUCCUCCAUCAUUAAUGGCGGCGGUGUUCCCUCUAGCAAUGACAAUAAUAGGAGCGGCAAUCCCAACAUCACUAACGGUACCACAAUCAGCAGUUUCUCGGGGAAUCAAUAAAGCUUAGGUUUUUUGUUCUUCGUAAAUUUGUUUCUUCUUUCAUACUUUUGGGGAGAGGGCGAACGAGAUGUGAAAUGUUCAUACUUUUUUCUUCAAUUGUUUUGCGUGUCCAGUAUGGGAGGAAAGUUUAGAACAGGGAAGUUUAAUUCUUUUUUUUUUUUUGUUAUUUCAUCUUUGAAUAACUUGGUAUCGUAAUUCUAUGAGUAAAUAGACAGGAAGAAAAGAACAUACAUAGCAUCCGUGUAUCUUUGCAUCUUCUACUUCUACCUUGAAUUUUACAAUUUUUUAAUAUCAA